UGUGUGGACGGAAAACACGCAGGUUCUGGUAUUGUUUUCCCUAGAAUUAAACUUAUCCCAAAGAACAAAAAUAUUCGAUGAAACUGGACAUAGGCAUAGUAGGUGGUUCGGGCCACAGAUCUUGCGAUCCAUAGUUCCACUAUCCACUAGUCCACAUUCCCAAGAAUGACGUCAGAGCUAAUUCGAACCGUACGUGGCAAACCCGAGCCGGCAUCCGGGUGAGCUACUCGAACGCACCCAGUAUAAAUGUCGGGUGCAUAUCCGGGUUCACACGUCACUCUGUUGCCCGGAAAGCAAUGAAAUGCCAAAUAGAGGACAAAACAAGAACGUUAAAUUGAAAGCGAAUAGCAAAAAACGAUAAAGCGAAUAGUAAAGAGGAACAUUUACACAUUCAUUCACCGCGGCAAAUUGGCCUGUGAACACAACAAAACUGACUUGAAGAUCGUCAUCAUGGCUUUCCGUAAGAUUUUGUGCGUGAUGUUCUUGCUGGUCCUGGGUUUAGUAUCCGCGGAUGACUGUCCACCGUUCUGGACACGCUACGAUAACUACUGCUACCGUUUCUUCGGUCCUCCCAAGACCUGGCAAUCGGCCGAGGAGCACUGCGGAGAGUUCUUCACCCGUGACGGCCAGGGUCGCCUGGCGUCCGCCCACAGCUCAGGGGAAAACAACUUCCUGCUCCAGAUGUGGAGUACCUCUCUGGUACCAAACGAUGGCGUUGUGGGUGCUAGCGUCUGGAUUGGGCUCAACGACCUGGCGAAUGAAGGACGAUUCACCUGGAGUGACGGGACGAGCUUAAAUGACUACAACGCCGGUUGGCGUACUGGCCAACCGGACGACGGUGGACAAGCUGAGGACUGCGGCUGUUUCUGGAGGACCACCGAGCAGGUUGGAUGGAAUGAUGAAGGUUGCGGUUCGGCCCUCCCAUACAUUUGCAAGAUGCCCUCAUAUUAUAACAGAGAGCAGUAACGGGUUAAACGACCGCUAUACAUGACAGAUGGUGAAACAUUAACGUGUUAAUUGUAAAGGCAAUACCAUAACCUUUAUCAGAAAUGCCAAUCGACACGCACCGAAUCUUAGUUUGUGAAAUAUUCACUGGGUCUUUUAGCCUGAUUUAGUGUGUGCCCUACUGAAACAUGUAAUCCCAACGACUUCUGUUUAAUUAAAUUGGCCUUGUUAAAUACAAGCUUUGCAAAACACUUUACCUGACACACCUACAUCGAAAACUGGAUGAUGAUAAAUGCCUUCUCGACUGGACAUCAGGUGAAUGUCUCAAGGAUUCACUCGAACCACUGGAAGUCACAGCAUUUUUGAACAGAGGUUUACACUAUAUCAACCUCCAUGACUAAUCGGAUCUGAUACAGUGACAAAAACGAUUUUAAACGAAAACUUUCGAGAGCCUCAGAUCAGUGACACUGCAAGUUCAUUUCGUAAUAAUUUCCAAUUGCUUUUAUAGCUUUCAUGUGAAUUGGCUUUUAAAAAUUGCAUUGGUAUGACUUUGCUCGAUUUAAAGACGAUUUGAUAAGAAAAGCAAAUAUCUUUAAACAGCGCAUGUAGGCAUAUAGCUGGCCCUGCAUAUUGAACUAGCUUUUGAAGUACGCUUGCCGCAGUAGGUAAUGCAAGUAUUGCACGAUAUAGUGACAGUCAAACUCUGUAUACAAGCCUGCAUUAAAAUAUGGAACAAGUUAUGAAAUAUGUAAGGCAAAAUAAUAAAAAAAAAAACAUGUUUAGCGUCCUGCCUCUUUGACAAAAAGGAAG